GAUACGUCAGCGAACCCUCGCCAUGGAAACCAAAUUGCGGGACGUAAACAAGUAACAGGGUUCCCUUACUGCCAAUGGUUAUUAUAAAUUUCGAUUUAGAAAUUACAUUUUAGGGCGAACGGAGAAGAGAGGGAUUCACUUUGUUAAACUAUGGAAGUGUUACCGGAGGUGGACUGUGAAGAGGACUUUACUAUAACAGAUGAUGAAGAGGAUGAUGAAGAGAGAGCGCGGGAUCUGGAGAGCAGCCCGUCUAACAUACGAAUAACCCCUACAGUCACACACAUAGCAAAGCCAAGCCCUCAAGUGGCCUUUUCCAAAUGUUCAUCCUCAUACAAGGAGAACAACUCCCAGGAGAAGCUCAUGCUAGCGAUGGCAGAAAACUUCCGUCAGCAGUAUGCGCUUUUGUACCCUGAUCACAAAGCGCUUCUGCUGUGCCCUGUGAAUGAGUGUGGUGUACAGAAAUUUGUAAGCACCACUUUGCGAAGCACCUUGCUGCCGUAUUCUGAGCUGUACGACUGGGGGGGAUGUGCCAGUUUCGUGGCUGAUUAUCUCGCGUUGGAGCUUCUGGAUCCACCGUUUGAACUUCCCAAGCAGCUGUCAUCGCCAUCCUGGGUUCUGCAGACUCAGAGAGGAACAUGUUUUGAUUUCUCCAUCGUGCUGUGUAGUCUGUUGUUGGGCGCAGGAUACAAUGCUUACUGCGUCAGUGGCUACGCUACAAAAGAGAUGUGUCUUCUUGAUCAGUCACGCCAAGAGUGUCCCCUACUGCAGCCUCAAAUACAAGAUAAAAUAGAGGAACCAAAGAAGCCAAUAAAGAAAUACUCUGUAAAACCCCCACGCGACUUGCAGAGCAACUUUGAAAGGCGUCAAGAGGAGAAACAGCAAGCAGAAGCUGAAGCAGCCGCACUGAAGAAACAACUGGACGCAGAGAGACUUCAGAAGGAGCGAGAACAUCCACCACCCGACCCUCUUCGGGGCUUGAGAGUUCACUGCUGGGUUCUGCUGCUCUCAGGGAACCGGGAGAUACCUGAGAACUUCUUCAUUGACCCUCUGACAAGCAAGAGCUACUCCACCACCAAUGAGAACUUCCUGGGCAUAGAGAGCGUCUGGAACCAUCAAAACUACUGGGUCAACAAGCAAGAUUGCACUUUUGGUUGUAAUGAGAUGACCUUUGACCUGGGCGAUCUGUCAAAGUGGGAGUAUGUGCUGUGUGGCCAAUCUCUGUCAAUCAUUUCAGACCCAAAGACACUUGAAGAGCCAGAAGACGAGGAGGAAGAGGAAAUGGAUGAGCUAAAAGUGUUUGAGAUGCCUCCAUCUUGGGUGACUAAAAUAGACAUUUCACCAGCAGAUAUGGAAAUGCGUUAUCCAGGGGGUAUGAAGGUUAUUGAGUACAGGAAAGCCAAGCUGGAGAAGUUUGCCCCUUAUCUUUUAAAAGAUGGUCUGGUGACCAAACUCACCACUUAUAAAGACCUC